UUGCAACGCGCGCUGGCGCCGAUCGCCGUUGUGCGCUGUGCGCAGUGUCUCAAGUAUGGCCGCGUUGCUCCUAACCGCCGGGAGCCUCGCUCGCGAAUGCGACCGCCGAAAACUCCUCACACCGUCCGAAUGCAGAAAAUUCGGACGCGCCGAGUGGGGGACGCUCUACGACUAUACGAAACUCGCGAGUUGUGCGCGUACGUGCAGCGCUUCGCUAUGAAAAAAUCCAAGCGGGGGCCUAGUAGCCGAUGGCUGUGUCGCCGGACCGCAGCGCAACCGACGCGCGAUAUCGAGGAAGUACUGGCGAACUGUCAACGCUACGGAAACGGGGCGGCGGCGAGCCUGGAGGUAUUAAGGCGCAGGCGCGGGCCGCCCGUCAACAGCCCUGCAGCUAACCACCCUCAGCCUACCCUUUAA